AAGUCUAUUCCAGUCAGUUCAAUUGAAUAUCAAUAAUCCUCAUUUUUUAAUCAUGCAAGGACGUAUCACCAAAGUCUUGAAUAUGAAACCCACCGAAGUUCUCAGUAUGGUAGAAGAAGCUGCCGGCACCAAGAUGUUUGAGGACAGAAAGACAAAAGCGAUUGCCACUAUAGCUAAAAAGGAACGUAAAGUCGAAGAGAUCAACACGACAUUAUACCGAAAUUGGAUCGUUUGCGUGCAGAGAAAAGAGUGUAUUUGGAUUUCCAAAAGAACGAAGCCGAGAUGGAAAGACUGAAUCGAUUGGUAGUAGCAUACGAGUAUAAAAAGCACGAAGAUCGACUCAACCGAUCCGGUGUGGAUAAUGAAGGGAGGACUACCAAGAUGGAGGAGUUAAAGCAGAAUGUAAAGACCAUCCAAAACGAGAUCAAAAAGAUUGAUGAGGAAAAGAAUGUAUUAUCUGAGAAAAUGCGACAAAAUUCCACUAGUUCAAGUAAUAUUCGAGAAUUGGAAAAAAAGAUCAAGGACUAUUCAACUCAAUCCGUCCGAUUAAAUACCAAGAAAGAUUUACUUCAAUCUUCCAUCUCGGAUGAACAACGCGCACUAGCAUCAUUAUCCUCACAACGAGGCGAGUUGAGUCGAAAUUUGAAUGAAAAAAAGGACGUGUACGAAAAAGUGAAUAACGAAUACGAAUUGUUUAAAAAGACCUAUGACGAAAAGACAGAGGAGAUGAAAAACACGGAUGAACUGCUCCAGACCUUAACAACAGGUAUCUCUGCAGAAGAAGGCCGUGAAAAUGGAUACAUGGAGCAGCUUCAACAAUCCAAAAACGCUGCCAAUGGUGCUUCUACCUUGGAGGAACAAGCCUCGUUAAAGAUGAGACAUAUGCGUAAAGAACUUUCGGAAAAGGAACCUCAAGCUGCUAGAGCUUUGGCUGAAAGUCAAGGGUCUGUGCUUUCCUUGGAAAAGAAGAAGGCCGAAAUUGUUGAAUUGGAGAAAAAAUUAAGUGUCUUGGAUUGGAAUCCACAAAUUGAAACUGAUCUCUUGUCUAGAAAGAGACAAGAGCAAGACACCAUCAAUGAACUAUACGAAAAACAAGAAACCAUUUCUAGAAAACUAUCAAGCCUUGAUUUCCAAUACACCAACCCAACCUCCGAUUUCGACCGUUCCAAAGUCAAGGGACUGGUAGCGGAAUUAAUCUAUCUCGACAAGGAAAACUUUAACGCCUCCACUGCACUCGAGAUCUGUGCCGGUGGAAAACUAUACAAUGUCGUGGUCGAAAACGAAAAGAUUGGUGCCCAAAUUCUCGAUAAAGGCAAACUUAGACGUCGAUGGACUUUAAUCCCUCUCAACAAAAUUCAGGGCUCCAAAAUUUCAGAUGCCAAAUUAAGCCUGGCAGAAAGUAUCGCACCGGGAAAAGUAAGUAUGGCCUUGAGUUUGGUCGGUUAUGAAGAGGAAGUCUUUGGGGCCAUGGAAUGGAUCUUUGGUGGUACCUUUAUCUGUGAGGAUGCAAAGACCGCCAAAGAUGUCACUUUUCAUAAAGGCAUCCGUACAAAGUCCGUUACCUUGGAUGGCGAUGUCUAUGAUCCUUAUGGUACCCUCAGUGGUGGCUCUAAGCCCAAUUCCGCAGGUAUCUUGAUCAAAGUGCAAGAAUUAAAUGGUGUACGCGCCGAUAUCGAACAUCAUACACAGCUUUUGCAUGAUUUAGAAAAGGAAAUUGAAACCUCCCAAAAAUCUAUUGCAGAAUACAAAAGAUAUAAGCAGCGUUUGGAUCUUCAAAGUCAUGAACUUUCUUUACUUGAGCAACGUAUGAGCAAAAGUACUCAUGCCCAGUUGGCUGCACGUGUAGAAACUUUAAAGGAGCAAAUCAAACAGCAACAAGAGGUGAUGGAUAAAGCUAGAGAGGAUAAAGAAAAGGCACUCCGAGAAUCAAAGCGAAUUGAAUCCGAAAUGAAUGAAUUCAACAAUAACAAGGAUACAAAGUUGGAUGAAAUGACGGCUCGCGUUGAAAGAUUGAAAAAGGAGUUGAAAAAGAGUGUCAUUAAACUCAAGGAUAUGGAGCGUGCUGUUCAAACAUUUGAGCUUGAAAUAGGUAAAUCUACAGAGUGUGUGUGGUAACGAGGGGGGAGAGAUCUAAAAAAAAAAAAAUUUAAAGAGCAAAUGGAGACGGAUAUGGUGACAUGUGAUGAAGAUAUGGAAAAAGUACGUGAAUCCAUCCUUGAA